ACCAAAAACACGUGUGUUCGCGGAAUCUUUUUGUUGUUGGGUGAUACAGAUUUUAGAUCUACGUAUAAUCCAGCGGGAAACGGUUUGGAAAUUGUAGCGAUGGAUUCAGAUCAGGAAGACGAAGUUCCCAAUGUGAACUUUGUACCUAGUUUACUCUUCGUGAAACGAGGUGUUGCAAAAGCAAACCCUGACAAGGUAACUUUAACCCCCGGAGAGCUGGCCCGCAUCAUCAGCGAAACAAAAGAAGAUCUCGAAGAAGACGGUGCAGACGAUAUGGACACAUCUGAUGAUGAAAGUGCCGAAACUCAUGAACCGAAGCAACCAAUGGCUGCACCAGGCGUCACGGGUACUACUAUUGAGGAUGAUGAAUAUAAUUUGGCAGCUUAUGACGAUGAUUCUGCUGCCAUAGGUUUACAUUUAAGUACGGUGGCUAUAGUCGACCCUACAGAAAACAUAGAGGAUGAUGUUGACUCGGAUGAGGAAGAUGAGAUAAUCAAACCGUCCGAUAACUUAAUUCUUGUAGGUCACGUGCAAAACGAUACAGCGUCGUUGGAAGUCUAUAUUUACAAUGAACAGGAAGGAAGCCUAUAUGUUCAUCACGAUUUCUGGCUCCCUAGUCCUCCGCUUUGCAUCGAAUGGUUAAGCUUUGAUCCAGGAAGUGAAUUGCCUGGUAACAUGUGCGCAAUAGGAUGCAUGGAUCCAGUCAUCACCCUCUGGGAUCUUGAUAUUCAAGACUCGCUUGAACCAGUCUGUAAAUUAGGCUCUAAAGGAAGCAGGAAGAGAAAUAUUGCCAAACAAGGGCAUAGCGACGCUGUACUGGACUUAUCAUGGAAUCGUCAUCUAGAACAUAUUCUAGCCAGUGGAUCAGUGGACCAAACUGUCAUUCUAUGGGAUUUGGAAAAUGGUACGCCCCACACUACAAUCCGUGAGUUUGAAGAAAAGGUUCAAACAUUAGCGUUUCAUCCAAAACGACCCGAAAUGCUGUUGGCUGGUAGUUGCGAUGGCUUGGUUAAGGUGUUUGAUUGCCGUACAACAAACGAUUCGAACAGCACGUUCACAAAAUGGGAAUUGGGUGGUGAAGUGGAGCGUGUUUGUUGGGAUUCGUUUAACGCAGAUUGUUUUCUGGCUAGUACAAAUGAUGGAAAACUACACUACAUUGACACACGCCAGACUGACAAUGUACUUUGGACGAAACAGGCGCAUGAGAAGGAGGUCACGGGAUUGGUGUUGAGCACGGCAGUUAAAGGAAUGUUGUCCACAGCUUCAGCAGACGGAACAAUGAAAGUUUGGGAUAUUGAUGCACACGAUGCACGCUUAGUUUACAAGAAGAACCCCAAAAUCGGAGUUAUUCAAUGCCUAGACGAGUGCCAAGAAAAUCCAUUUACCUUGGCAAUGGGUGGCGAUCUGAAGUCUAAAAACUUUUGUGUCGUUAAUCUUUUGGACAACGAUGUUGUAUCAAAUGUUUUUAAACCUAGAUUUGAAAACAGCUAUUCUAUAAAGAACAAGUCCCCCGAUGAAGCAGCGGAAGAUGGCCAUGAAUAGGGAUUUGAAGGCGAUGAAUUCCUAUUCCAAUAUUGUUCUGUAUAACUAUGAUGAAUAAAUUUUGCAUAUUUUUUAAUUAUGUAAAUGUUUUCUCUU